GAACUCCAGGCCACAGCUCAGGAUGCUGCAGCAACACCAGCUCAUCCCCGUAGGAAACCACUACCUGCUGACCUCUGGACCAACAGGAACGCAGAGUGGGAGUGUCCUGCAUGCAACAAGAACAAAAUAAGUAUUCUUUUUAACUAAUAAGUUCAGCAAAAUGUAAAAGUGAGGAAGGAGUCGAUCAGGUACCUUUGGGGGGCAGAGUUUGUUUCCAAACAGUGAGAUGAUGAACUCCACAAGGUUUACAUGAUCUUCAUCUGUCAGGGAUUCAAAGUGGGAGCAAGAUAUGAUCACAAUCUCUUUAGGAUGAGCGUCCAACCAGGUAGCAAGUUCCUCCAGAGCCUCCUGCACAAACACACAAACACAAGUGAACAUUUUUAUUCAAUGACUCCUGAGUACACGCAGGAUUUUACUUUCUUCAGAUCUGCAAAUCCAGUUUAAACUUUCCAGAGUAAAUAAUGUGGGAAGGGGCUGUUCUCAUGUGCAUAUGUCUGUGUGUACCUUCACAGUCAUGAUUGUGUAGAUGCCAUGAGCGAAGAACAACUUGUCUCCUCCACCUGGCUUCCUGGCGAUCCGCAGGUCGAAGAAGCGAAUCCCAAGAUCACACUGAUCUGUGAGGACGGCCUGCUGCACACACAGCGUCAGUGAGGGUCACAGUUUGCUCCACUUUUAAAAGGCAGAUGGACUUCAGAGCUCAGUGGACACCUCUGGACUCAGUCUGCAAACCGGAUCCUCCUGAUAUCCAGACUAUUCUGACAGGACAGAAGACUUGGAGCACGGGUUGUAGUCAGGAUGGCUGACCUCUACGAUUGCACUGAGUGUAAGGAGACCCUGUACGGGCAAAAAUACAUCCUGAGGGAGGAACAACCGUACUGCGUGAAGUGCUACGAGGCUCUUUUCUCCAACAACUGUGAAGUGUGCAAACAGCUCAUUGGCUGCACGUGCAAGGAUCUGUCAUACAAGGACCGCCACUGGCACAGCGACUGCUUCCUUUGCGCCAAGUGCGACCGGUCUCUGGUGGAUCGGCCUUUUGCCACCAAGGAUGACAUGCUGAUGUGCACUGACUGCUACAGCAACGAGUACUCGGCCAAGUGUCAUGCAUGCCUGAAGACCAUCAUGCCAGGCUCUAAGAAGAUGGAGCACAAGGGCAACAGUUGGCAUGAGAACUGCUUCACCUGCAACCGUUGCCAGCAACCCAUCGGCACUAAGAGCUUCGUCCAGAAGGAUUUCAACAACUACUGCCUGCCGUGCUAUGAGAAGCAGUUUGCUCAGCAGUGCGUCCACUGCAAGAAGCCAAUCACCACUGGAGGAGUGAACUACCGUGACCAGCCGUGGCAUAAGGAGUGCUUCGUCUGCAUCGGCUGCAAGCAGCAGCUGGCCGGUCAGAGGUUCACCUCCAGAAACGACUUCGCCUACUGCCUUGACUGCUUCUGCAACCUGUUUGCCAAGAAGUGUGCUUACUGCACCACCCCCAUCAGCGGUCUUGGAGGCAGCAAAUACAUCUCGUUUGAGCAGCGCCAGUGGCACAACGACUGCUUCAACUGCAAGAGGUGCUGCGUGUCUCUGGUCGGCCGAGGUUUCCUAACCUGCAAAGACGACAUCCUCUGCCCCGACUGCGGCAAAGAUGUCUGAGUGAGCGAGUCUGAGAGAGAGCAGCGGCAGUAUUCUCAACCUUUAACGCAACCUUUAUUGCAUGAAGUACAUCAUAUAUUGGUUUCUUACACAUUAACUUAGCUCUUCUUCUGAAAUAUUUUCUUCAUGCACUGAUGAAACUGUCUUUAUAGAAAUUAUCAAAGCCUUCAUACCUUCUCAAAAGUUAACUUCUGUUGCAAAAUCCUAAGUGAAUUAUAAAUUCAUGCAAAAGAAACCUUAACUGCUUUUCAUAGAUAUAUUUUAUGCAACAUAUUUAAGCAUGUCAUGUUUGAAAUCACACCUUUCUGGCAAUUGUUCUUAACAUAAUCUUUAUGAUAUUACUAAUAAUACUGUGUGUUCUCAUUACAUAAAGUAUGUUGAAUG